AGCUUCCAGGAAGGAGAAGCGGAUCUUCACAUAUCCUGAAACAUUUGUUGGCUCCUCGAACCCUUCCCCCUUCCAGGAACGCCUCCCUCACUUUCCUCCCUUUGCUUAUAUAAGAUACUUCUCACUCCCCUCAGUUUCCAUCACUCCUAUUCACAACCUUACUACGAGCAGCUAGCUAUCAAAUCCUCCAGCUCCUCCUUUCCACUUACGUACAGAUUUACGUACAAUUUAGCCUCAGAUCAGAUGGCACAAUAUUUGGCGCUAGAUAAUACGGUCGACUUCGAGGACUACUUCCCGUCCAUGAUUGCACGGCUGGGAGCGGAAGGGUUUAUAGGGGAGCUCUGCAACGGGUUUCGUUUGUUGAUGGAUUGCGAAAAGGGGCUCAUCACGUUCGAGAGCUUGAAGAGGAACAGUUCUCUGCUGGGAUUGCAUGACAUGGGGGAUGACGAGCUUGUUUGCAUGCUGCUGGAAGGUGAUCUUGACGGAGAUGGAGCGCUGAGCCAGAUGGAGUUUUGCAUUCUCAUGUUUAGGUUGAGCCCUGGCUUGUUGGAUGGAACUAAAAGAUGGGUUGAAGAUUUUGAUGUAGUAACUGAACAAAGCUAGACUUGCUUAAUUGUUUUCGUAUCAAAUAAUUCUCUCAUUCAUCCAGAGAAAAUAAAAAACAAAAUCCCCAUUUCCGCCCUCCACCCCAAAAAAAAAAAAAGUUGUAGGCCUCUUUAAAUAAUUUCAUGCAUGUUUCCAGCUUUCUUACUUAUUAAUUUGAUUUUUUAUUUUUUCUGGAUGAACUCAGUGUUUAUUUGGAAUAACGAGAUGAUCAUGAUAAGCAUAUGGUCACGGUGUUUGUGAAGUCAAA